GCCCACCACUGGCCAGACUCUAUGCUGUGGCCCGAGAUCCUCACAGUCUCUGGGUGGGCUGGGAACCUGCCAGCACCCAGCCUCAGGGUUAUGUGAUUGAGUGGGGCCUGGGUCCCCCCAGCCCCAGCAGCGGCAAUAAGAACUGGAGGAUAGAGCAUAAAGGGACCAUCGCAGGGACCUUGCUACAAGAGAACAUCAGACCCUUUGAGCUCUAUGAGAUCACUGUGACCCCUCUAUACCAGGACGCCGUGGGACCCUCCCAACAUGUCUAUGCCUACUCCCAAGAGAAGGACCCACCCCGUGCCCCAGAGAUGCAUCUGAAACACAUUGGCAAGACCUGGGCUCAGCUGGAGUGGGUGCCUGACACCCCUGAGCUAGGGAAGAGCCCCCUAACCCACUACACCAUCUUCUGGACCAACACUCGGAAUCAGUCCUCCUCUGCCGUCCUGAAUGCCUCUUCCUGGAGCUUUGUCCUCCACGGCCUGGAACCUGCCAGCUUGUAUCAUGUCCACCUCAUGGCCACCAGCCAGGCCGGGGCCAUGAACAAUACAGGGCUCACCCUGAUGACCUUGGCCCUGGAUGAGUCUGAGCUGCACAUCCUCUUGGGCCUGUUUGGCCUUCUGCUGUUGCUCAUCUUCCUCUGUGGGGCUGCCUGGCUGUGCUGUAGCUCCAGCAGGAAGAAUCACCUCUGGCCAAGUGUCCCAGACCCAGCCCAUAGCAGCCUGAGUGCCUGGGUGCCCACCAUCAUGACGGAGGAAAUCUUUCAGCUGCCCAGCCUUCGGGACCCUGGCAUGCCCCCCAUCGCCAAGAUCACGGUGAUGGAGGAGGAAGAGAAGAAGCCAGGGCCCUGGGAGUCCAGUGACAGCUCCGGGACCUGUGACCUCCCCACCCUGGUCCAGGCCUAUGUGCUCCAGGGAGAAUCAAAAGAAGCUUUCAGUCAGCCCCAGCCCCAGUCUGGCCCCAAUGAUCAGGUCCUUUACGGGCAGGUGUUGGGCGGCCCCACAAGCCCAGGGCCAGAGCACUACCUACGCUGCAACUCCACCCAGCCCCUGUUGGGAGGGCUCACCCCUAGCCCCAAGUCCUAUGAGAACCUCUGGUUUCAGACCAGCCCUCUAGGGGCCCCAGUUGCCCUAUCCCCAAGCCCUGAGGAUGAUUGUGUCUUUGGACCAUUGCUCGACUUCCCCCUGCUACAAGGGCUCCGAGUCCAUGGAGUGGAAGGGAUGGGAAGUUUCUAG